CUGACGCGGAAGAAUCGCGCGGGAGAACGGUCGAGAAACAGUCCAGAGUCACGAAAAUAAUCGAUCGCUCCUGACGCCUUUAAAUCGACGUACAAGUUGAAAUAAUUGAGACAACAUGAGCCGCAGGAAAAGAGCGAAGGUGGAGUACAGAGAAAUGGAGGAAAAAUAUAAUCAGUUGGAAGAUGAGAAUGCCUCGGAUACAUCAGAGAAAUCUAAAACUGGUCUUGUAACGCCAGAGAAGAAAGUUUCCACUGAAGUGAAAAAAGAAUCUGAAUCUACGGUGCCUGCACCUGUACCUUCCGCUUCAAAAAGUGAAGUCAAAGAGGAAGAUGAGCAAGACAGUGAUCAUGAAGAUCCACAUGUGAAGGAAUUAUUGAAUGGCUUGGAAGGUGCAGCCUUUCAAAGUCGCCUUCCAUUUGACAAAUUGACAUCUACCGAAGCUGCAUGUUUUCCUGAUGUUUCUGGUGGACCACCGCAAACACAGAAAGUCUUCCUACACAUCAGGAACAGACUUUUACAAAUAUGGUUGGAAAAUCCUAAACAACAAUUGAUCAUCGAGAGUGCAUUACCACAAGUUGAGCCACCUUAUAAUAGCGACACUGUGCUUACUCGUAGGAUUCAUGCCUUUUUAGAACGACAUGGUUUUAUAAACUUUGGAAUCUUUAAACGCAUAAAGUCCUUACCGACCAAAAAAUUAGGUAAAGUCAUUGUAAUCGGUGCUGGUAUUGCUGGGUUAGCUGCAGCUCAGCAGAUGCAACAAUUUGGCUUAGAAGUAAUUGUCUUGGAAGCUAGAGAUCGUGUUGGUGGUCGAAUCGCUACAUUUCGUAAAUCAAAUUAUAUUGCGGAUUUGGGAGCUAUGGUGGUCACAGGUUUAGGUGGAAAUCCUGUAACGACGCUUAGUAAACAAAUUAAUAUGGAACUACAUAAAAUUCGACAAAAGUGUCCAUUGUAUGAAAGCGAUGGUCAAACGGUUCCAAAAGAUAAAGAUGAAAUGGUUGAAAGAGAGUUUAAUAGAUUACUGGAAGCCACCUCUUAUCUUUCGCAUCAACUAGAUUUUAAUUAUGUAAACAGUGCAGGAUCUGGAGGACAAAGCGGUAAUACACGUCCAGUGUCUUUGGGUCAAGCAUUAGAAUGGGUAAUACGUUUGCAAGAACAAGGUGUAAAACAACGCCAAGUAGCGCAUUUGCGCUCUGUACUCUCCUUGCAAGGACGAUUAGUUACUAAUCAACACAGAAUGAUUUCCAUUAUGGAUCGUUUGGUGGAACUGAAUAAACAAUACAAAGAAAUGACGGAAAGUAAAUUACAAACUCGAGAUAUAACGCAAGAGUUUGUGCUCCGAUCCAAGUUACGCGAUCUCCAUAAUGCUUGCAAGGAAUGGGAUCAGUUAUCAGAUCAACAAAAGGAAAUCGAAGCAAAGCUGCAAGAAUUGGAGGCAUCACCACCAAGUGACGUCUACUUAUCGUCCAAGGAUCGGCAGAUAUUGGAUUGGCAUUUUGCAAACUUGGAAUUUGCGAACGCAACAUCCUUGUCAAACUUGAGCCUGAAGCACUGGGAUCAAGACGACGAUUUUGAAUUCACCGGAAGUCAUCUAACUGUUCGCAACGGUUAUUCUUGCGUACCUGUUGCUCUCUCGGAAGGGCUCGAUAUCCGAUUGAACACGGCCGCCAAAGCGGUGCGAUACGGACCGAACGGGGUUGAGGUCUGGGCCGCACCCUCUCGCAGCCCUCACACAAAUCAUACCGUUUAUAAGGCGGAUGCCGUACUGGUUACGUUACCUCUUGGCGUCCUCAAGACGUCCGCGCCUCCUUCCGGGGUCAGCUUCACUCCGCCGCUUCCGGAAUGGAAGUCGCAGGCAAUUCAACGACUCGGCUUUGGCAAUUUAAAUAAGGUGGUAUUAUGCUUCGAGCGCAUUUUCUGGGAUCCAACGGCCAAUUUGUUCGGCCACGUGGGAAGUACCACCGCGUCGCGCGGCGAGCUCUUCUUGUUCUGGAACUUAUACAAGGCGCCUGUCCUGCUGGCCCUCGUCGCCGGUGAAGCGGCUUGCGUAAUGGAAAAUGUCAGUGACGAUGUUAUCGUCGGCCGUUGCAUCGCCGUACUGAAAGGCAUUUUUGGUAACCAAGUGGUACCGCAACCGCGGGAAAGCGUGGUGACUAGGUGGCGAGCGGAUCCUUGGGCCCGUGGAUCCUACAGCUUCGUCGCAGUCGGAAGUUCCGGCAGCGAUUACGAUCUCCUGGCAGCCCCUGUUUCACCUCCGCACAUGAUCAAUCAACCCCCACCGCAACCAAGAGUAUUCUUCGCUGGGGAGCACACUAUACGGAAUUAUCCGGCCACGGUGCACGGCGCAUUUCUCAGCGGCCUUCGUGAAGGGGGACGCAUAGCCGACCAGCUCUGCGGAAGUCCUUACGCGCCACCGACAAUGACAGCUUCCGCUCCGCCGUCGACGGGGAUCACGUCAACCAGCACCGGGAGCAGCUCGACGCCUUAGUAUUCUUUUCUUCGUCCCUUAGUAUUAUUCCCACUAAUUGCGUUCUUGUCUUCUCUCCCUCUGAAGAAAGAGAUACAGAGGAGGAGGACAAUUCGAUCUCUGUGACAGCUCGUUGUUGACGCUCGUAUUUUGACAGUUUAAGGCUCCUGGCUCCCCACUGAUGUUGAAAUUGUGACGUCAGAGGCGAGAAACACGCUAAAAAUUCGUAUCAUUCUCAUCGAAAUAUCUUUUUACUUAGAAACGGCAUCUAAGAAUUUUCAGCGUCUCUGACGUCAUAAUCUAAGAUGACCGCGACAAGGAUCCAGGAGUAUUAAACGCUAUAGACGCGUAUGUAUUUAGUUUUCGGGUUUGAGUAAAUACAUAGUUAGGUGUCGAUUCGACUGAAGAAUAUUAAAAUUGAAUGAUUUGCGAAAUGCUCAGCUUUUUUUUUAUGACGGUUCUUGUGUGUCACGUUUCUUCGGACGUCUCUAUCCAUGCACUUAAGUAUGCAGAGAGCUCAAAUGUUUUAUCUUUCAGUGACUUAUAAUAUGUAUUUUGCUUUACGUUAUAUAUAUUAAUUAUUUAUCCGCAGAGAUAAACAGGUAUUUUUCAUGGUUUAGAAUUAAGUAAUCUUUUACAUUCUUUUUCAUAUAAUAGAUAGAACGCGCUCUUGUUUAUUAUAACUCUCCCAAUUUUUUAUUACAUACGAUUUAUUACGAAUUUUAUGCUACGAGAGAAGAUGCUUUUUGUAUAAUUAAAAAAUAUUAUUUAUAUAAAAAUAAAUAUGUAUACACAUAUGCAAACAUACUCACAUCUCUUGAUCGAAUAAAUAAGAAAGGCAGCGAAAUUGUGUUAACAAACGUAAGCUGUAUCACAAAAUUCGUAAAAUAUAAUGCAAAGUUAUAAAAAGAAAUUAUUUUAUUAUGAUGCAAUAUUAGAAUUUGUGAUGAUAGAGCGAUCAGAGAGAACAAAUUUGAUUAUAUUCGCACCUAUAUAUAUUUGAUAUAGCGAAGAAAAAACUAGACCUAUAAUCACAUUUACAUAAUAUUAGUUUAUCCCAGCGUAUUAUUAUAUAUGAUAAAUUUCAAGUCUAUCAAAAAAAUCUUGUCGAAUAUUUGUUGCAUUUAACAGUGUGCGUGCGUUCACAAAUCUCAUUUUUCUGUUUAAUUAUAUUAUAAAUAAUUUUCCGUCUAUUGCCCCCUUUCUCUCAAUUGUGCGAUUAUUAUAUAUAUAUAUAAUAUGACAGUCGUAAGAGAUAAUUCUGUAUGGUAAGUAACGUUAUGGAUUAUCAAUAUUGUAUCGGAUAUAUAAUGUAUUACACAUUCCUGCGCGAGUAAAGCGCAUUUCGAGUUUUCAUUCUACCGUUUCAUGCGAUUACGCAAAUAAUUAGAUGUAAUUACAAACAUACGAAAUAUACUGCGUUGCAAUUCUGAGAUUUGGCACAUGCAUAUAUGUGAAAAAAAAAAAAAA